GGUUAACUGGAAAUCCUUUGUUUCCUAAUCGAAUUCAGACUCAAACCGGACUCCCCUGGGUGUGGGUGAGGCUUUCAGCCUCUGAUUUUGAGCAGAAACAUGAGUCUUCCACUGCAAAGAGGAUUUUUCUGCCCUAAAUAACCAGGGUUUGAACACUGGCUAACCCGAUCGUGAAUCGACCUGCAUUUUCCAGCACUGCUGUUCCCUCUCUGGGGGUUGUAGGGCUGAAGGCAUCAGGAGGGAUUUGCAAUUCUCCUUGCCACUGUGGUAAGCAAAGCUGCAUUCGGUGAGGAGUCAUUUCCCUAAGAUGCUGCAGCCCAGGCACAUGCAUGAGUAGGAAGGGGCCUUUGACAUCAUCAGCACAUCACUCAUGCAAGAAAAAUCUAGGAAAGAGGGAGCAGAGGUGCACUGGAGAGAUAAAUGGCUAAAAUACCAUCAGGAUACAGUAAAUACAGGGAAAGGAUGUCUCUGCAGAGUUGAGUGCCAGGGGGCACUGCAGCAUCCAUGUGCCCCCAUCCCCUGCCAUGAGGUGCAAGGCAGGAGCUCUCCAACCCCUGGCUGUAUCCUGCCACCAAGGUCCCUACAGAGCUUUGGGCGGCAAUGAGGGUGGAGUUUUUGCAUCUUUUUUUGCCCCAGGCAGUUACUCUGCUUUGCUGGGGACAUGUACAGAGCCACCAGGUUUCAGCUGGGCAACACCUGACUAUGCAGAGCCAGGCGGCCCCUGCAUGGGUCUGUGUGGUUCAGGGGGCAUGAGAAAUGAAGCAGACCUGCAUUCUGUAGCAUCACUGUGGCAGAAAUGGCUCUCAAAGGGGGAGUGGUAACACCUGUAUCCAAGUCCCCUUUUCUUUCCAUGCCCUUCCUGAGGCCCAUUUCACCUCUACAGACAGCCUGGAAAGUGAUUUGUUUGGAUUUAGCCUUUUUUUGUCUUUAAUGGCUAUGCCCAAGUGCCUGUGAAGCCAGGCCUUUGAGGUUGGUCUUUUUUGUCUGCUUGAAAAAACAGUGACAGAAUUUCCCAAAAAGGGAGGCAGACACCCCCUGAGAACAGAUUUCCCAAUAUUUAUUUUCAUUUAAACCCAGGGUGUUAUUAUACCCUCCGGCCUCCUCUGGCCAUUGCUCUGAGGCCAGACCCUCAAUUAAGCGGCACAGUGCAAACCUCCCCGGGUUUGGCAGCUGUGCGGCUGCUAUGUUUGUGCACCAAAUCUGCCGGCGCUCAAGUUUGGGGGUUUUCUGGUGCACGUUGGAGGGCUGGCAUCACUCUAGACAGGGCGGUGACUGGCUGGGGGCGGGGGGGGAGGGGGCAAAAAUAGACCUUAUAUCCCAGUGGGAAGCAGCGUGAGGAAAUCAGUGCUGGCUGACUCCACGGGUAGCCAUCAGUGCUGGGGCUGGGUAAGCUUGCUGCUGCUUUUCCUGUCUGGGUUGUGCAUUGCUACCUGCUUUCUGUGGGGGAUGGAGGGACUUGGCUUGCUGGUGGGGCUGGAUGCUGCUUUUAGCCUUUUCCUGGGUCUAUGCCUUCAUGGAGCACUUGGGUGGAGGGGAUGAUCAUCCAGAGCCUUGCUGCAUGGCCAGGGAAGGUGGCACGUGGCCAGCUGUUUUCUAGGCUGAGUUAAACAAAGAUGGGGAAAAUUCAAGUGCAGAUAAAUAUAACAACUCCCCUGCCCACCCCCAAAAAACUCAGCAGAACUGAUGGUGGGUGUAGCUGGAGGAAGAGUAGGAAAAAGGAAGGUUACUGUGUCUGACUGGUGCUGGGAGCAUCCUUCCCUGGGGUGCUGGGGGAAAGAUCAGGCAUGUUCCUUGCUGGAGCCAUGAUGAAGGCAAGCAGGCUGGGUUUUGUGGGGCUUAGGGAGUGCAGCUCAGACCUGCCUAGAGCCAAGCCUCCCCUCCUAGAUAUGCCUGCAGCAGGCUUCUUGCCUUUGUGCCUUGCCAGUGCUAUUUUUGUCAAUGCAGACUGCAGAAGCAAUUAUAUUCAUUUCUUUGCUUGCGUAUUUAUUUUUCCUCCAUGAGGUUAGCUCUCUGAGGUGUAAAUCCCAUGAGCAUUGCUCCCUGGGCAGACUCUGAGCAGGUUGCACGGCUGUGGGAGGGCGGCCACAGUGGGCAGCGCUCCCUCUGGCUGCUCCUGUUCCAUCUCCAAUGGGGAUUGGCAUUCCCCACUCACUUGGAGGCAAUGGGGAAGCAGGAGCAACUAAUCCUGCCUAGGGAAAACAAGGCAUCUACUACUGGGUGAAACUUACUCUUCUGGCUUCUUUCAAAACUAAAAUGUAGAUUUGUUCAAAUACAAAAAGAAAGACUUGGGUCUCUGGAGAGGUUGGGUGACCACAUCAAGUAGUUGCUGGAGAUCAGCCUUUCUUCUCCCCACUCACCCAUGUGGACGCAGACACCUGUAUGGUUUGGGGUAGCUGGAAAGCAAGUCUUUGCCGUAUUUUGCUGUUCCUAGAGAAAGCAGCCAUGAGGACUGCCCUGGUCUUCGCCUGCCUGGUGGGGAUAGCAUGUGCCUUUUCGGUCAAGAGCUGGCUGCGGCGAGCCAAGUUGGAUGACUCAGAAGAAAACGCGGUGCUCAAGAGCAGGCAUCGGUAUUACCUGUACAGAUAUGCCUACCUGUAUCCCCCACAGCAACGGUACCAGGGCAGUGACUCAUCGGAGGAAGAGGGGGACGGCUCAGAUGAGGAAGAGGAGGAGGGGUGGAAGCCAUCCCAUGCUGGCACCAAGGCAGAUGGCCACCUCAUCGGAGCAGCCCCUGGAGACAGCAAGGGUGGGCUGAGAGGAGACCUUGCAUGCCCCCAGCAGGGCAAGGGCUGCCAAGGGCCUCUAAAGGCAGACAGGAACGGCACUGUGGGCAAGGGGGGUGACUCUGAAAAUGAAGACAGUGAUGAGAAUGAAGAGGAAGAGGAGGAAGAGGAGGAAGAGGAGGAGAUAGCCGAGAAUGAGAGUGGCAUCAAUGGCACAAGCACCAACACCACUGAGGGCGCAGAUGGACCUCAUGGCAAUGGCACUGCAGUGGCUGAGGAGGGCACUGCUGCAGCUGAGGAGGAGGAGGAGGAAGAGGAAGAAGAAGAAGAAGAAGAAGAGGAGGAAGAGGAGGAGGAAACUGAAGACACCACCGUUCCCAGCACCACCAAUGAAGAAGGGCUGACCCAGGCAACCACCACAGGAGAUGUGGCACCCACGUAUGCCACCACAGCCGGGGAGCAGUGGGAGUAUGAGGUGACGGUCGGGAGCCAUGGCCGAGGGGAUGAGGGCACCACCGAUGGCAGCUAUGGGGAGCAGGAUGAAUAUGCCCGUGGGGACAGCUACCGGGCCUACGAGGAUGAGUACGGCUACUAUAAGGGGCACGGCUAUGAUGUGUAUGGCCAGGAUUACUACUACAGCCAAUGAGCAGGGAGUGAGGGGCAGCCCCAGUGCUGGCCCCUCCUGCCCCAUCUCACUCAGGAACAUCCAUCUGCAUGCUCCCUGCAGCUGCCACGCCCCGGAGGGGAUGCUGGGCAGCUUGUGGUGUGCACUGGCUCUGUCCCAUCCUUUUUUUGUAUUUUAAGAAGCAAAACGAAAUAAAGCAACAGAACUGAGCUUCUUGAUGAUAAAAGCUCUACUGCCAAAUUCACUGGGGUCAGUGGGGCAGCACAACGCUUGGUGGAUUUGAGGGGCUGCAGGUGCUUAUGCUGCUCAGGGUUAAAUCUCUUUAUUCCAGCUCAGGUGCACACAAAAAGAGGGAGAAGCAGAAAGACUAACUAGGAAUGCCUCUGUAGAGUCCCCUCCAAAAAAUGAAAGGGCAUUUUCAGGGUCACUGCUGUGGGAUUACUGCCAUGUCUUACAUAGAGUUGGCAUGAAUUUGCAAUAUGUGGGUGAUGAUAACUUUACAUCUUCCACUCCUUGG